AUACUAACUUAUAUAAAACUUUAGCAGAGUGUGUUAGAUUUCCUAUAGACUUAAAUAAAGUGGUAGAUCUGGCAACUGUUAAAAUACUCACGUGGAUUUCACUAACAAAGAUACGAUAUUGAUCCAAAUUGACAAUGGCUUUGAAAAGAUUGAAAACUAAAAAGUCUAAACGACUUUCUGGACGCCUAAAACAUAAAAUUGAAAAGAAAGUGCGAGAACACAACAGAAAAAUUAGGCGCGAGACAAAACGAAAUCCUAAAACCGGGAGCAAAAAGCAAAAACUUAUUCAAAUACCUAACAUUUGCCCUUUUAAAGAAGAUAUCUUAAAAGAAGUAGCAGAAUCGAAAAAGCGUGUUGAAGAGGAUAAAAUGCGACGUCGUGAAACAUUUAAACAUCAAAAGAAGGAAAAUAAAUUCAAAAGCCUUGAAGACUUAGUUCUGGAUGCGACUACUAGGAAUGAAGUUCAUACAUCUACUCAAGUGGACAAUGUCAUUGGCGAGAAGGAGUAUAGUCCAGCUAUAAGCAAGGAACAGUCCCUUAAGCAAUACUUCAAGGAAUUCAAAAAAGUAAUUCAAAAUGCUGACGUCGUUUUAGAAGUGGUAGAUGCACGCGAUCCUCUGGGAACUCGAUGCAAUGAGGUCGAACGAGCUGUACGCUCUUUAUCGGGUAAUAAGCGUCUAGUGUUAAUAUUAAACAAAGCUGAUUUGGUGCCACGUGAAAAUCUCAAUAAUUGGAUUGGAUAUUUUCGGCGAUUUGGUCCGGUUACUGCUUUUAAAGCCUCAACACAAGAUCAAAUAUCUAAAUUGGGUCGACGGAAAUUAAAGCAAACUAAAACAGAUAAGGCUAUGCAAGGAUCUGUGUGUGUGGGAGCUGAAUUACUAAUGUCGAUGCUUGCAAAUUAUUGUCGCAAUAAAGGCAUUAAAACCUCAAUACGCGUGGGUGUUGUAGGAAUACCAAACGUUGGAAAAAGUUCUAUAAUAAAUUCCUUGACUCGCGGCAAAACAUGCUCUGUUGGUUGCACUCCGGGUGUUACAAAAGUCAUGCAGGAAGUUGAACUUGAUUCAAAGAUAAAACUUAUUGAUUGCCCAGGUAUUGUUUUUACAAAUCCUGCAAAAGGGAGUUCUGAGGUAGCCGUUUUAAAGAAUGUUCAACGUGUUGGUGACAUUAAAGAUCCUUUUACAGUUGCUGAGAGUGUUUUAAAGCGCGCCAGUAAACAAUACUUUUGUAAGCUCUAUGAUAUUUCUGAGUAUGAUAGUUUUGAAGAAUUUUUUGCUAAAAAGGCUUCACGAAUGGGUAAAUUUUUAAGAAAAGGUGUGCCAGACGUUGUUGCAGCUGCACGCAGUGUGCUUAAUGAUUGGAAUAGUGGUAAAAUUAAAUAUUGUACUCAACCUCCUGAAACAGAGCAAAGAGAUGAUGUCCAUGUUAGUGCUGCCAUAGUUCACUCUGAUGCUCGCGAAUUUGAUGUUGAUAAUUUCGAUGCGAUGGAGAUGGAAAUUCUCAACAAAUGUAUUGUUAAAAAUGAAGAAGUAUUAGAAGUAAUUUCAAGUGGACCUGUGGAAAUGAAAAUGUCCUUUGAUGAUAUUGAUACGAAAAAGUCUGCAGAUCCUAUAGUGAAUGAAAGCCAAAUUCCUAAUAAAAAAAGAAAACUAAUGGAUGCAAACGAUACAUCGACAGUGGAUAUCGUAAUGAAUUUAGAAGCCCCAAACUAUCCACGUAAAAACUCCCUGUCCCUUUUCUCCAACGCAGGUCGUAGAGGUCAGUGACGAAAUAGGACUAUAGGGGGCCACAACGUAUUUUUAGCUGGCAUCCUAUACCUAAAGAACACUCACACCUGUUUUAACUGAAAUUUGCACCAACGCACAGUGAAUAUUAUUCAACUAAAUCAAAAACUGAUUUUAAUAAAAUUGAUUUACUUUUGCAUGAUAGUAUUCUUUGACUGGUAAAAAAAGGUUCUGAGCUCAAAAGCAAUCGGUUUAGUAAGUCCUGAUUUGUAGCGAUCCGUUAGUUCUUUCGUGUAUGAUGGAGUCGACUCCAUCACCAGAGCUCUCCAAUUGAAACUAGUGCAUUUUGAAUAACAUCGGGAGCGAUGUUAUGAGUGAUGGAGGAAGAUAACACCAGGAAUAAUUUGAAGUUAAUUCCUGUGCAGGAUCUAGCGCAAAUCUAAUGAAUUUUUCGAAUUGAAUUCGAACAGGACGGCAAUAGCGGGUGGACGAUGAUCUGCAGUUUUUCCAAAUUUGUUUGUGCUAUUCAUCAUUUUGCGUUUUUAUUAUCAGUUAUACAGGGACAUAUGUCGCGAAAAAUAAAUUAUUGUCUUUCAAACUAAUAUUUUCAAAAUCCUGCUCAUAUUCGCUCUGACCAGAAUUGCCAUCAAAGCCACAUAUUCCUAUUGAUAAUAGGUAAUUCGAGGACUCAUUCCGUUCCUUAAUUACAUUUGUGACGCAAUAUGGUCCAAUAAUUUUUUUAUUUCAACUUCAAUAUCAGAUUCUGACACCUUUAUUUGCUCAGGAUAACUGUUUUUCCUUUAAAAUGUUAUCAUAGCAGGGUAAAAAGUUAAUAUCAAUUUUUUUGUUAACGAAGCUUCUAAUAAGUAGAUACUGGAGCUUUAUUAAAUUUGCUUCGGUUAUAAAUGUUAUUACUUCACACAUCUUCUAAACACGAAAAUUCAAAAAUGUAAUAUUAUAUAUAGGCGUGAAAGUUUACACCGAUAUGAUGUGCCUAAAUAAAAGUACGUUUAAAAUAAACAUUUGAUAAAAGUGAGAAAAUGAUAAAAUGAAAACCAAAGCUCAAAUAUAUAUAUAUAUAUAUGUAUGAUGAAAAAAAAAAUAAAAUAU